AAGAACAUUUCUUCGGAAAUUUCAACAUUUCUCUCUUCUUCUUCGAUCGAUAAUUUGACUUUUGGAUUUGGUUUGAUCAUCAUCAUCAAUGGCGAGCGCUUCAUCUCCACCUCCGCCUUCAGACUCGCCGAGCGAAGACACGCAGAGAAAUCACGAAGAAGCGAUGCAGCAACAAGAUUUGCCAAAGGAAACUACUACUUCUCCUCCUCCUACUACUAGUACGGAGGAGGUUUUGUAUAAGACGAAAUCGAUUCAGUUCCUUGGACGAACCACUCCUAUCAUUCUCCAAAACGAAAAUGGACCUUGUCCUUUGUUAGCAAUUUGUAAUGUUCUGCUCUUGAGAAACAAUUUGAAUCUGAAUCCUGACUGUUAUGAAGUUUCUCAAGAGAGAUUGAUGUCUCUCGUGGUCGACAGACUGAUUGAUUCCAAUAGUAAAGUCAAUAACAAAGAUGAAGGAUAUAUUGAGAACCAGCAACAGAACAUUGCUGAUGCAAUUGAUCUUCUUCCACGGCUUACGACUGGAAUUGAUGUCAAUAUUAAAUUCAGGAGGAUUGAUGAUUUUGAGUUCACACCUGAAUGUGCAAUAUUUGAUUUACUUGACAUUCCCUUAUAUCAUGGAUGGAUAGUUGAUCCCCAGGAUGUUGAAGCAGCUAAUGCAAUUGGCAGCAAGUCAUAUAAUGCUCUAAUGGGUGAGCUAGUUGCACUGGAGACGCAGAAUGUAGAGGCUAUAGGUGAUGAAAAUCCUGGAGAAGAUUCUGUUGAUUUUGCUGCGGCAACUACUGCAGCUUUAGGGGUUCCUUCACCAUGUCUUUCGAAAACAAGAUCUUUUGAUGAAUCUCCUCCUGCUGCAGCAGAGCUUCGUAGAAUGAGAAAGGGGGACCUUGAAGAAGAAACAGAAUUGUUACAAGCUUUGCAGUUAUCACAGGGGCAGGGGAAUGAUUCAGCUCCGAACACUCACGAAGACUCAACCAAUCAAGACUCUGCGUUCACAUUUUCAGAUGCUAGUCCAACUAGCACCCAUUGUACUAAUAUCAGUCAGCUAGAACAGUUCAAAUCUGAUGACGAUAAAGCAUCAGAAAAAGAUGGGAAUAUGAUCAAAGUUGGGGAAUUUCCGACAUCAAUUACGAUUAAAAGUGAGGAUCAUAAUCAUGAUCAGUUAUCUUCCAAGGAAUCUGAAUGUGAAGCGGCUUUUGAUGCUGAGAACGUGAGUAGCAGCAAAGAGGCCAUUGUCGAUGCAACUUCUUCUGAGGGGCUCUCAGUGGAUAAGGCUAAUAUGGAGUCCACCAAAACGGAACACAGUUCGGAGAGUCUACUCAAGCCUGAUGCAGCAGAUAUUAGUUGCACAUCUCACCAUGACGAUGUACCCAAUGCUGUUACCUCCCCCAUAUCUACCGAUGAACCUAUGUAUGAAGGUGAGGAAUGUGUAAACACAGUGGCUCCAGUUUGUGCGGAAAAAGAACCUGUUUAUGAAGGUGAGUCCCUUCUUGGUAAAAGGGUUGGGAAGAAUGUUGGUGAUUGUUCUUCUGAAGGGAGGACAACAGAUGGGCUCACUGCAGAAGAAGGUGAACUAAUCAGGAACUUUUUGAAGAAUAGUGCCAGUCAAUUAACCUUUUGUGGUCUCUUUCGCUUGCAAGAGGGUCUUAAAGAACGUGAACUCUGUGUUUUUUUCCGCAACAAUCAUUUCUGUACCAUGUUCAAGUAUGAAGGUGAACUUUAUCUUUUGGCUACAGAUCAAGGUUACCUGAAUCAGCCUGAUUUGGUUUGGGAAAAAUUAAACGAGGUUAAUGGCGACACUGCAUUUAUGACUGCCACCUUUAAGGACUUUAAAAUUGAUAGCAGCACAGGUGGCGCAAGUGGUACAUGGGAUGAACGAAACGCAGUCACAAAUACUGCUGAUUACCUUGCCAGUAUCAACAAUGUGGCAGACACAGACAUAGAUGUCAACUCUGAUCUACAACUGGCAAUAGCUUUGCAACAACAAGAGUUCGAGGACCAGAGCCCACGCAGUAAUCCAACGCCACAACCAACAGGUCUUGCUGCCUCACGAUUGGUCACUGGUCCACAGGUACCAAGGAGCAGCCACAAGCCAUCAUCAGCUGCAUCGUCUGCGUCUUCAAGGCACGACGGCAAAUCCCCUAAAGAUAAAGAUAGCAAAUGUAGAAUCAUGUAAAUCCUCUCAUGUCACUUCUGUAAAUUUCCUACCUUUUUUUCUUUCGUUCCCUAACUAAUUUUAAGCUUUUUUAAUUUGGCUGGUUUUAACUGCAAAAAAAAUAAAACUGUAAUUGCGCUUUGCCUUAAAACUAAUUUUUGUUGCUCAUAAAAUUAGAGCUUUCUUUUUAUCUUUUGAGAAGUAUUUAAGUAUUUAACUAACACUUGUAUGAGUUUCUUACCAUUUGGCUUUUUCAUUCUGUCAA